AUGCCUGCACAUACCGAGCUCAACAGCAAAGUCGACUUCGACAACGCAAUCGGCACCCAGGGCAAAUAUGUGCUCGUCCACGCAUACUCCGGCCAAGUCCUAGACAAGGCGGAAGAAUUCGCCCAGAAAUACGCCUCCAACUGCGACUUCUACGCUGUCGACACCGCCAAGGAGCCCAAGACAAAGGACUACUUCGGCAUCACUCAGACCCCCGCUGCGAUGCUCUACAAAGACGGCAAGCAGGUCGUGAAGGUGGAGGGCAAGACCGCCGAGGGAAUGGGGAAGAUCGCUCAGCUGCUGUCGUAA